AUGUCGCAGUUAUCGAAUGACAACGCUGGAUACAAGCUGAUGCUAAGUACUUGUACUGGAAGCAAACCGACCGCGGGAUCAACAAGUGCGGCGACGCACGAUGCUUCUCGACCGAUAAAUCUCAACUCUGUCGGUCAAGCGAGGCAUUCGCAAUAUCGGUCUUCAGAUGUUUCGCAAUUAGGGCAAGGGGCCUCGAAGCGCAGCUAUCAGGAAUACAACCAGGAUCGGAUCUCAACGUCGGAACCACCUUCGUCAAAGAUGCAACCACUCCCUCGCCCGGUAUUGGAGCGUGUGCGUUUUGAUCUACACACGAUCAGCAAUUCUUCAGAGAACCAAGAACCUUCGUCAAAGUCUGCCGUCUACGGAUUUUUCGGUCUCAACUUGUGA